AUGCCCGCCGCGACGGACCGGAACGAGACAUUGCCUGAUCCCGAGUUCCCGUCGAAGAGGACGACCACCCUCCUCGACCUUCCUGCAGAGCUCCUCCACCAGAUUUUCUCCUACCUGCCCGCUACAGACCUGGCGUUCGUGUCGUCCACGUGUCGGACUCUCUUGGAGCACGGCAACAAUGAUCUCCUCUGGGCGGACCUGGUGAACGCGAACCUCCCGGUCAAGAUCAAAGAUCCUGGCCCCUUCGACUCCUUCCGCAGGCUCUACAUCGCACACCAUCCGUACUGGUUCGUUCCGCGAAAUAAAAUUUGGUUCUCGGACGAUGAGCACACUGGGAAGCUGAUCUUGGCGCGCUACGAUAAUCGGAGAGGCGUGAUCGAGGGAUUCCGUCUGGUCGCCGAAAAGGGACGAGAGCAGAUCAGACAGUGGGAAUGGGAUCCCACCGUAUUAAUAGAAACGUUUACCCCCAAAGUCCGGCUCUGGCUCGACGAUCCAGUUCUGCUCUUGAAGAACCCCACAUGCGUCCGACCUCGCCAGCGUCAGUAUGUCCAUGGUGAGUUUCGCAUGCCGAUGGCUGCGGAGUCGCAAAACAUCUACAGCUCCUUUUCGUUAUGUUACGAGAACGUGCACGGGAAUCAUUCAGCGGCUCGCCUGGAGCAACUGUGGCCGCCGGUCAACAUUCCGAGCGAGAACCGCGUGUAUCGCUCCCGCGGUGUGGACGGUGCAGGGAAUACGCAGUCUCAUCUGGGGCCGGUUUCUGAAUCAGCCUUUCGAGUCAGGAAAUGGGCACAUUUCCGGAUAGGUAUCCCGAUCUUCCCGGCUGGCAGCCAGGAAAACCUAUCGACGUUUGCUACUCUAGACCCAAAGCUCUACACGCCCACGAAGGAGAAACCCUACCAGGGAAUAUGGGUGGGUGAUUAUUCGUUUCACGGCUGCGAAUUCCUCCUCUUCGUCCAGCGAGACAAGGCUCCGGCGUCAGGACAAGCCAGCAGCUCGUCAGCGUCUUCGGAGCAGGAUGGCAACGCGGCCGGCAGUAACACAACUGAAGAGGACAAGGUCAUCGAACAGGGCCGUCUAGAAGGGAUCAAACUCACGGGCGAUCCGAACGUGCCUCGCGGUGAAAUCUCCUUUGUGGCGGAGGACAUUGGACCCGAUGGGUUGAUCCGCAUCGCGGAAGAACGCAUCUUCCAAGGAGCCAGAAUCGUACGCAGCAAGGGUCAUAUCGCAUCCCGAAAUUUCAGAAACGAUCAGUUCAUCGACGCCCAACUGAUCCUCAUCUCGCACGACUGCGUCGCCCAGUACUGGGAGGCUAUGCACCACAUAUCUUUCUUCCGCCGGGUAGACAUUGAUCAGUUGCUGCGGAGCUGA